AUGGCAGAAGUGGAGCAGAAGAAGAAGCGAACCUUCAGGAAGUUCACCUAUCGAGGGGUUGACCUGGAUCAGCUCCUUGACAUGUCCUAUGAGCAGCUCAUGCAGCUGUACAGCGCUCGCCAGCGUCGGAGGCUGAACCGUGGUCUUCGCCGCAAGCAGCACUCAUUGCUCAAACGCCUCCGCAAGGCCAAGAAAGACGCCCCUCCCAUGGAGAAGCCUGAGGUGGUGAAGACGCACUUACGUGACAUGAUCAUUCUUCCUGAGAUGGUGGGCAGUAUGGUUGGGGUGUAUAAUGGGAAGACCUUCAACCAGGUGGAAAUUAAGCCUGAAAUGAUUGGCCACUACCUAGGAGAAUUUUCCAUCACUUACAAGCCUGUGAAACAUGGUCGACCUGGUAUUGGGGCCACCCAUUCAUCACGGUUCAUUCCUCUGAAAUAA